AUGCUGCCGCUGCCCCUCGUCGACAAAAGCUCCGCGCAACGUGUGCGAAAAAAGAAAAAGUACCUGCUCGGCGCCCGUGGCGCUGCGGCGGCGCGCAAGGGUGUUGGUAAAAGCGCCAAAGAGCUGGCGGACAAGGAGGUGUUUGCCAAGAAGCCUUCCAGGGCGAGAAGGGGUGCUCCGAACAAGAGGGUCGAGACGUCAGUGGGAAACGCGUUCCGGCUGGUUGGCGGUUCGGACGACGACGAGGAGGCGCAGGCCUCGGAGGAUGAGAUGGGCGAGGAGGAGGACGCCUCGCGGGGCGGCUCCGCCCUCGGCGCCGGCUGGGGGCGCAAGAAGAACGCCUUUUACGGCGGGGAUGACGCCGCCGACGCCGACUCGGACGAGGAGGGGUCGAUGGACGAGGAGGACGAGGGGCGGGCGGAGCGGCUGGAGCACGCGGAGAGGCUGGAGCGGGACCUCUCUGCUUUGAGCGAGGCGGAGAAGGCGCGGCUGCUCGAGGCGGAGGCGCCCGAGCUCGUCUCGCUGCUCGACGACUUCAAGGCCAUCGUCCCCGACGUGCGCGAGCGCCUCGAGCCGCUGCUGCUCGCGGUGCGGCAGCGCCAGCUGCCUGCGAGCCCGGGCGUGGCGCUGCUGCAGCUCAAGCUGCAGCUGCUGCUCUCGUACUGCACCAACAUCGCCUUCUACCUGCUGCUCAAGGCCUCGGGCAGGCCCGCGAUGCGCUACCGCGUGCAGAAGCUGCUCCAGACCGCCGCCGACGGCGCCACCGCCGCGCCGACCGACGCGGACGCGGACGAGCUGCGCCACAAGCCGAACCCGCAGGCCCUCCUCGCCGACGGCGAUCUCGACGACGAUGCCGCCGGCGCCGGCGGAGGCGGAGGCGUCUACAAGCCUCCCCGGCUCGCUGCGGUGCCGUACGAAGAGGAGCGCGGCGCGGGCCGGCGCGAGCGGCAGCGCGAGCGCGCCGUGCGCGAGCUGCGCGAGGAGUUCUCGAGCGCGCCGCGCCAGAUCCACGCCGACGACUUCGGCUGCGGCCACGCGGCGGACUCUGCCGCUGUCUCCAAGCUGCGGCACGAGGAGGCCGAGGUGCGCGCGUACGAGGAGGCAAACUUCUCUCGGCUCGCCCUCUCCAAGGAGCAGAAGCGCGAGCUGCGCCGGAGGCACGCGGCGGUCGAGCGUGGCGACGAGCUCUCGCAGUUCGACGACGACUUCUCGCACCUCUACUCGGCGGGCGACAUGGCGGGCGACGGCGACAAGCGCGAGGCUGGCCGGCAGAUCAUGAAGAACCGCGGCCUCACGCGCGAGCGCAAGAAGAUCGACCGCAACCCGCGCGCCAAGAACCGCGAGAAGUACCGCCGCGCCGUCAUCAAGCGCAAGGGCCAGGUGCGCGACGCAAAGGCGCAGGAGGGCGCGUACGGUGGCGAGAGCUCAGGCAUCAACCAGAACUUGGCUGCGGGCCUGGCGGAGGCCUUCAGAUUUGCCGUCGUCGCUCCCGCGGACACAUUGGAAUGUGUGUCUCACGUGUGA